UAAAAGUACGCGCGAGUUAGAAUCGCGUUACUCGAGUAUGCUCGGAGCGUACCUAUCCAGGUAGACAGUGAAUGAAAGUUUUAAAUAUGAAUACCGUUACUUGCCUGGCGCCUGUGAAUAUCGCCGUUAUCAAAUACUGGGGUAAGAGAGAUGAAACAUUAAUAUUACCAGCCAAUGAUUCCAUUAGUGCCACAUUAGAUACCGAUCAGCUGCUUUAAAUUUUAGCUAUGUGCAAAAACCACUGUGAUGAUCAGUCCAAAUUUCAAAGAAGACCGCAUGUGGUUAAAUGGAAACGAAGAAAACAUUGGAAGUCCUAGACUGCAAAAUUGUUUAGCCGAAAUUAAAAAACGAGCAGGACAUUCCGAUCGCGCAGGGCAAUGGAAAAUUCAUAUUUGCUCCGAGAACAAUUUUCCAACAGCUGCUGGCUUGGCUUCUAGUGCAGCGGGGUAUGCUUGUCUCGUAGCAGCUCUUGCCAAGCUAUACAAAGUAGAGGGUGAUAUUAGUUCGAUUGCACGUGUUGGCUCUGGAUCAGCAUGUCGUAGCGUUAUGGGAGGUUUUGUAAGAUGGCAUAUGGGCACUGAACCCGAUGGGAUUGAUAGUAUAGCUAAACAAAUUGUUCCUGCUUCUUAUUGGUCAGAGAUGAGAAUACUAAUAUUAGUCGUGAAUGACUGUAAGAAAAAAGUUUCUAGUGCGAUUGGUAUGAAAAGAAGUAUGCAAACAUCCGAACUACUGAGACAUAGAGUAAAACAUAUUGUCCCUGAAGUAGCUAAUAAAAUGCAGGAGGCAAUAAUUAAAAAGGAUUUUAAAACAUUUGCCGAAUUAACGAUGAAGGAUUCUAAUCAAAUGCACGCUGUCACCUUGGAUACAUAUCCACCGUGUACCUACAUGAAUGACAUUUCUCAUGCUGUUGUUGAUCUUAUUCAUUCUUAUAACGAUGCUGUUAACAAUACAAAGGUCGCAUAUACAUAUGACGCAGGGCCAAAUGCAACCUUGUAUCUUCUAGAAAAAAGUGUAUCAGAAGUUAUGGGUGUAAUAGAUCAUUUUUUCCCGCCGUCGCAAGAUACUUUGGUAGAGUACAGAAAAGGAUUACCUAUUGAAACGAUUAAACCUUCACAAAACCUGUUGAGUAAGAUGAACGUGCAAAGACAUGCUCCAGGGUGUUUUAAAUAUAUGAUUUAUACUAAAGUUGGCGAUGGUCCAAAGUAUUUAACAGAUCCCGCGGAUCAUCUUUUAGAUAAUCAGGGAUGGCCAAUUAAAUGUGCCUAAUAAUUUCAUAUUAUUAAAAAUGAUUAUUUUAUAUAAUUUAUGUACAAAAGGAAUAUUGGUACUUUUAUUUAUUAUAUAGUGGAAAAUAAAUAGUUAUCUGUGUUAUCGUU